AUGGGAGGCUGUCCGUUAUGUCGCGGACCGAUCGAUACGAAUCUGUUCAAGAAACCAGUUCAACAUCUGGACCUCAAAAUGGACAUACCCGGUUCUCCAAGUACCACAAACAAUUCACGUAAGAUUCAGUAUUGUAACGUUCUCUUUGAAAUAACGUUCUCUUUGAAGUUCCCAGAGUUGUGAAGACUGAAGAGGACGUGAAGUCAGAUGUCGGGGCACUGAAUGCCGCACUCGCUAAUGCACCAGAAGAGAAGAAAUACUGGUUGUAUCGUGGAAGAAACCAAGGAUGGUGGCGUUUCGAUUUGCGAAACGAGAAGGACAUCGAAGAGGCGUUCACCAACGGCAUGCCGAUCACCGAAUUGACUAUUUGUGGCAGGUCGUACGUCAUUGACUUCUCCAAGAUGGAACAGUAUCAGAAGAACAAUCAGAACAGUUCCAGAGAUAUCAAGUAAGAAUUUACGGAAAUUCGCUCAAACUUUUUAUGGAUCUAUUAAGUCGGGAAAAAACUAGUUUUUUACCGAAAAACUGGUAAAAAACUGCGAGAAAAUAGGUUUUUUUCCUGCUGUCCGUUGCCAGACCCGCGCUAUAAAGGCAUGCGCCUUUAAACAAUUUAAAUGACCGCCCCCAAAGCUAACUAUUUUCUGGAGGACAUUUGAAUUAUUUAAAAGCGCAUGCCUUUAUAGCACGGGUCUCGCAACAAACAGCAGAAAAAAACGUAUUUUCCCGGAGUUUUUUACCAGUUUUUUCCUCAUUUGAAUAGGUUUUUUUUCCGUAAAAAACUAGUUUUUUUCCCGACUGAAUAGGUCCAUUAGAGAAAUCCCAAAAAACUUUCGUUAUUCUUCGCUUUCAGACGCGUCAACGCUACCGACUUCGACGGCAUGGACGUCAAAGGAUUGGCCGGAAUGUUCGUAAACAACCACUAA